GUGGAAAUCUGUAGAACUGUAGGAAAAACUAUCUGUUUUUGUACCCCCCCCCCCUCUCUCUGUGUGCAUGGAUGUGGGGUGUGAGAGGAUUCUGUCCCUCCCAUGCCAUGGCAUAUAAGUCUCACAGAGUUCACCAACAAUGCACUCUGCCUUCCAUACUGGAUACAUAUCUGUCUCCUGAUCUUAAAAACAAGAGACACAAUGAAGCAAAGCCAUUCACUCAGAAGACUUUCAGCUCCAUCAGCAAGAAGGAGGCCUCCACCUUUCAAAUGCUCAUUGGCCUGGACCCAGAUCCUGAUGAGCUAGUACAGAUGAAACACAAAGCGCUUCAGGAUCAGCACCACCUAGAGGUGUACUGGGGUAUGUACCGUCUGAGAGAUGAACUGGCCCACCGCUACGCCACACUGCUGAGAGAGAAGGUGCAGCGGCAGAGACAGGAGAUCAGACAGCGCGAGGAACACCUCAUCCAAACUCAACGCAGCCGGAUAAAAAAAAAAAAGAAGAAGAGUCCAGAGGGCCAGAAACUCAGCCGCCUCACAGUUUCUCACAACGAAGUACAUUUCAGAGAUUUCCCUAAAACCUCUUAUUAUCUGAUCCUGGAAGUGCAGAGCCUGCUGGUCCAGCACGGCUAUCUGAAGACCCAUCAGGAGCGGGAGCUGUUCAACCAAUGGGUGGACCAGCACCGUAGAGGCAGCAAGCUGAGAGAGAAGCUCAACCAGAUGGUGAUUUGCAGCAAGUCAGCUCCAAAUCUAGGGUUUGAGAGUCUCAUGAAACGACAAUUUCUGCUGCCCAAGAUUCACAUCUCAAGUCAUGACAGAGACCCUCAGGAAGACACGGCCGUGGGGAGGCAGGGGAUGCUGGGGGAGAGCGGAGGCAGUACCCCCGACCCGGGAGGCAAACAGGCACAGGAGCGGGACGGAGCUAAACAAAUGUUUCCCAAGGGGCUGAAGAGCACCAGCCAGGUGUUCAGAGUGACACGUCCGGUGUGGGAGGUGACACUGUGCCUCUGGGACCGUGACUGUGAGGCCACCCAGCUUCGACACUAUCAGUAG